CUACAAUAAUAUAUAUUUUAUGUAAUAUAUAUAAAAUUAAAAAUAAUUACUCAAAACCAAUUUCUUUUAUUACAAUAGUUUUCCUUAAACCGACGCCCUGGACAGUCCAAGAAUGCCAAAUAUCAAGAUUUUCAGCGGUAGCUCUCACCCGGAUCUGUCUCAGAAGAUUGCUGAUCGCUUGGGACUCGAACUGGGAAAGGUCGUCACUAAAAAAUUUAGCAAUCAGGAGACAUGCGUGGAGAUCGGCGAGAGCGUGAGGGGCGAGGACGUGUACAUCGUGCAGAGCGGCUGUGGGGAGAUCAACGACAACCUGAUGGAGCUGCUCAUCAUGAUCAACGCCUGCAAGAUUGCAUCGGCAUCGCGCGUCACCGCUGUGAUCCCCUGCUUCCCCUACGCGCGCCAAGACAAGAAGGACAAGAGUCGUGCACCCAUCUCUGCCAAGCUGGUGGCGAACAUGCUGUCGGUGUCUGGUGCCGACCACAUCAUUACUAUGGAUCUCCAUGCCUCGCAGAUACAGGGUUUCUUCGACAUCCCUGUGGACAAUUUGUAUGCUGAACCUGCCGUGCUCAAAUGGAUCAAGGAGAACAUCAACGAAUGGAAGAAUUGCAUCAUUGUCUCUCCAGAUGCUGGUGGAGCCAAGAGGGUCACCUCCAUCGCAGACAGACUGAACGUGGAUUUUGCGCUCAUCCACAAGGAGAGAAAGAAGGCCAACGAGGUUGACCGAAUGGUCCUCGUUGGAGAUGUGAAGGACAGAGUGGCCAUUUUGGUGGACGAUAUGGCAGACACCUGCGGUACCAUCUGCCAUGCAGCUGACAAGCUGGUGUCAGCUGGAGCCACAAAGGUAUACGCCAUUCUGACCCAUGGAAUAUUCUCCGGUCCAGCCAUUUCCCGCAUUAACAAUGCCAGUUUCGAAGCUGUGGUCGUCACCAACACAAUCCCGCAGGAGGACAAAAUGAAACACUGCUCUAAAAUACAGGUAAUUGACAUCUCCAUGAUCCUGGCUGAAGCGAUCCGCAGGACACACAAUGGCGAAUCAGUCUCCUAUCUGUUCAGCCAUGUUCCGUUGUAACACACUCCAUCCUCGGACCCUCGGUGAUACCCAGUGGAUGAAGUGCCGCCAAAGUACCAGAGGAGGGAGAAAGUGUGUGUAUAGCUUCUGUCUCCCACUCUGCCCACCCUCCUUCCAAAGAGAAUCGGCCAAAAAGGGAUAGCAUUGUGCCACUCUUCUCUAGUGGCAGGGCCACCAUGGUUUGUAAAGGGGCUCCUCCCUGUCUCCCUUACAGAACCAUCCUGCCGGGAAACAGUCCCUUUACGUCUUCUGGAAACUAGUUACAAACACCUUAACUUGGGUUGCGUACGUCACUUUUGCCUGUGUUUUCAGAGAAGCGGCAUUCAGCAGCUAAUGAAAUAAUAAUGAAGUCUAGUUUACAUUGUAGCUGGAGCCUUAUGUGGAGGAUCCCUCACUCCUUGCUACUAGAAGAGGUUUUGUUUUAUCAGGUUCUGCGCAUAUUUUCUUUUAGUAGAAAUGCUUUGCUUUGCUGUAAAAACAAAUGUUUAACUGCUGUUUUUUUUUUUUUUUUUUUUUUUGAAGUUUUAAGGAAGUGUGAUGAUAUGAAAUGUUUUAGAUAUUGUUUCUAAGCCAUGUGUCGGCACUUGCAUUUCUGUGUACUCGUCUGUGUUCAUCUAUAAUUCUGAAAUGUGGAAGGUUGGUUUCCUAAUAUCUGUUGAACCAAACUUGAGGAAGGCAAUAGCAGUUGUGACUUUUCCAAGUGUCCUUAAUCCUGUGGUUUGUGACACCAUAUGGGAUUAAAGUAAAUUGCAUGAUUGUACUUAAUCACAUAUUCAGUACUACUUACUAAAUGGCCAUUACUUUCUAGUAACAUGUUUAAGCUGUUGUGUGGCAACGUUGAAUUAUGUUUAUUCAGUCGAAAAGGAGGCUUCUCUAAUGCAUGCAGACUUCAAGCAACUAAAAAGAUCCAUGAUCAGAAUAACACGCAUAGGUUUUCCUAACCUAUACAGUGUGCUUUCAGGAUGGAGAUCCCUCAGGUGAGAGAACUGAAACACAUGGGUGCUACAAAGCUCCAUGACGUUGCCUUUCAUUUACUUCGUUUACCUUUCCUUUACUAUCAUCCUUGUAUGUAUGUUUAUGUGUAUAUGGCUACCUGUUAUCUGAAAUAGCAGUCCUUUGCGAACCAGAUUGCAAUUGCCUUUAAGUUGAAAAGUGUACAGGAAUGAAGGCUACCUAGACUUGUUGUCCUGCUGAUUCUGUGUAUUUCUGCCUCCCUGCAUCAAAGCCUUAUGGAAUAUGCUGGGUUAUA